GAAAUUCAGCUUCACCGGAGGUCUGCACUGACGGAUCAAAUAUUCCCCCUGGAGUUGAAAAAGAAAACUAGUCCGAAUUCGGAGAACGAAGACGUCAUAGUGGCAGCCCCUCCAAGUGACGACCUUGUUACACAGUUAGGUGGUCCUCUUCGGCUUGGUGAUCAAGUGCUGCAAAUCAAUGAUACACCGGUGUAUAAUCUGGCUCAAGCACAAGAACUCCUUCGCAACAGCGGAAACAAAAUUUGCGUCUACGUGAUGAGGCCAAGUGAAAAGGCGUCUGCUUUACAAGUAACCAGAGAUCUGGAGCAUCACAAGGGACAACAAAGUUCAACCAUAUUGUUCCCACACACUGUUUAUACUACUCGCGAUCGACUCGCACGAACAAUCGAGCUGCAGCAGCGCCUGCUCAAUUUUAAGCUUUAUAAAAAUGGUGUACAUAGUACUAGAAAUAAUCAACAGUUGCUUCCGUGCACCGCAUCCCAACGUCAAGAUAACUUUUGGAACUGUUUACCGUCCCAAGCCAACGAAUAUAAACGAAGGUCGUUCAACGAACUUUUGGCCUCCACUAGGAAUACGAUAACUUCGAGUGGUGUGGAACCUUCCAGUCAGUGGGUUCUGAAACGCAAAACAGAUGGGACCAAGUAUAUUACCCGCCGAAUCAUAAAGCGUAUGUUUGACCCAUCUGUGUUUGAUAUCAUAGCCUUUAAGAGAGGUGCGAUGUUGAGAUUAGUUGGAGAAAUACUUGUACGUGACCCUAAGACUGUCAACCUUUUCUCGCUGUCUUAUGGAGAACUAUUCUUACAGGAUUCCUCCAAACUGAUGGCUAAGAGUCCGAGUGAGGCGUGGUUUCAGCGGCCCGAAUGGUGGUUUUCUGUAUAUAUGAUCCAAGUUUCCCAGCGUAUGUUUGACCCAUCUGUGUUUGAUAUCAUAGCCUUUAAGAGAGGUGCGAUGUUGAGAUUAGUUGGAGAAAUACUUGUACGUGACCCUAAGACUGUCAACCUUUUCUCGCUGUCUUAUGGAGAACUAUUCUUACAGGAUUCCUCCAAACUGAUGGCUAAGAGUCCGAGUGAGGCGUGGUUUCAGCGGCCCGAAUGGUGGUUUUCUGUAUAUAUGAUCCAAGUUUCCCAGUUUGUGUCAUUUAUCAUGACACUAUAUCUGUGCUUGAUAACCUACUUUGAGUUCAGUGGAGAAUAUUAUGAACAAAUUAAAGGAGUGCCAAUGGGGUCUCCAAUCUCUGAACUCAUCGCAGAAAUUACAAUGCAGAAACUGGAGCGAAUGGUGUUACCAGAUAUCAAACCGAAAAUAUGGGUGCAAUGUGUGGACGACACAUCUGCUAUUGUAAAGAAAAAUGAACUGUCACGAGCGGAGGAACUGCUGAACAACGUGUUUCCCGACAUCCACUUCACAAUGGAAACGGGGGAGAACAACAACUUGGCGUUCCUAGAUGUGCUCGUCACAAGGACAACAAACGGCCAACUGUAA